CCCUCUUUUCGUGUGACAGACAGCUUGAAUAUCGCUAGCCGGUGAAGGCUUUAUGGAGACCUCCAGACCUAAAUCUGGCAAAUGGUAUUGCAGAAAGACCUCCCUCUCAAGGAUAGAGUGGCUUCCAGCUAUCUAAGUGCCGUAUUACUUGGGGGGAGAUCAGUGAUGCCUCAGCUUUGGGCUGUCUUCGAGCCCUGGCAUGUAUCAGCAUCUGCGUUGUUUUCGAUUAACUUGGUAUCGCUGUGUUUCUCAGUAGGAUCACUACAUGUAGUCUUUCGUGUGAUGUUGGGCCAAGAAUCAGAAAGAUGGCCAUCGACUGACUUUCUCCCAUUCCUCACGCGCUACUGUUUCGUCUUCACGUUUGUAAGUGCUCAUACAUCAAACUGAAUAAAAAGGAACUCAAAUGAGACGUGAACGAUCUAUGAGAAAGGACUGUAUCGCCUGGUUUUUUAGAUGAUAUGAUCCGGCGUAUGACAGCCAAGCAUACAAAAAAAGGACUGACAGACCUGUUCGAGACAUGUGAAGAAGCAUAGAGCCAAAUCGGAGGAGGUAAAUCUUGGGAAUGCUCACUUCUAAGGCGAUGUGAAAUGGGCAUACAAUGUUAUUGAUACGAAAUAUGGGACAGCGGUGCCUGUGGACUGGCAGGUCGGCGAUUCGAGAAGC